AUGACGGACAAAAAGCGUGCACGCAUCGUUUUGGGAUGUGCAACAAUGGGCCCAGCUGGUACGAAUCUUGCGAGAGUUACGACUGUAGACGAGAUACGAGCGAUGUUCAAGAUGUUUCAAUCGUAUGGUUAUACAGAACUCGACACUGCACGAUUAUAUAACAAUGGUAAACAAGAAGCUUUUACACGAGAAACAGGUGUGCUUGAUGAAGGUGGAUUUACCAUCGCAACAAAAGUAUAUCCAACAGAAGCGGGUAUGCAUAAACCAGCGAAACUACGGGAGUUAUUCGAAACAAGUCUACAAGAAUUAGGACAAGAGUCGGUGGAAAUAUUCUAUCUUCAUGCACCUGAUCGAAGUGUACCAUUCGAAGAGACUCUUGAAGAAGUGAAUAAGUUUCAUCAAGAAGGUAAAUUCAAAAUCUUUGGAUUGAGUAAUUAUGCCGCUUGGGAAGUGGCGAAAAUUGCACAGAUUUGCAUUUGUAAUCAAUGGGUUCGACCAACAGUUUAUCAAGCUAUGUACAAUGUGUUAACACGUGCUCUGGAAGAAGAACUUGUACCUUGUUGUCGACACUUUGGAAUCAAUAUACUUGCUUAUAAUCCAUUAGCUGGUGGUAUUCUUUCUGGACGAUAUAAGUCAACAUUGACAGCCCCCGAAGAAGGUCGAUUUGCUGAUGUCGAAGGUAAUACUGCCGCGAAAAUGUAUCGCGAUCGAUAUUUUCAUGAUGCUUAUCUCAGCGCUGUUGAUCAUAUAACGCCCACCUUGGAAAAGUAUGAUCUUACGCUUAUAGAAGCAGCAUUUCGGUGGCUUUUACAUCAUUCAAAGUUAAAUGUAUUCGAUGGCGAUGGAAUUGUCAUCGGAGCAAGUAGUAUACAGCAAUUAGAAUCGAAUUUAAAAGAUUUACAGAAAGAACCAUUGCCCGAUGAAGUCGUUCAAGUCUUGGAUGAAGCAUGGGAGACGACUCGUAGCGUUGCCAAAACAUAUUGGAGAUAG